GGGGGGUGGGCGGACACGGUGGCUCCGGGGGAACGCCGACCGACCUCCCUCCCUCCCCGGGCAGGGGGUGAGGGCGCUCCCUGGCCCCCUUUCCCUGCCCGAUUUGUGCCUUUAACCCCCCACAAGUCCGGAACCGAGGCGCUGCACGCCGGAGCCGCCGCCACCGCGUGUGGCUUGGGGGCGAGUUGGGUGCCCCCCGCCCGGCGCGGGGCUGUGGGGGGACAGCAGCGGGUUUGGGUGUUAGCUGUGUGUGUGACAGUGCCUGCCUUCCUCAUCCGCCUCAUCCUCCUCAGCAGGGGCAUCGCAACGUGGGCGGCAGUGGCUAGCGCAGCCCUGUCCAGCAGCCCUGAGGGGAAAGAAGGAUCUCUGUGUGGAAGCCAGCGGCCACAGGGUCAGGAAGGGCAAAGACGGAGCUGGGGUUUGGUCUGAGCGAACACAAAUCGUUGUAGUGAUUCCCUGUGUGAGAUUGCAAGGGAUCGCCCGAGUCACCGAGUGCAGGUCGUAGCAGUCGCAGGUGAUGAAAAGUUAAGGCGAACCCACAGGAAAAUGCCAACCCCUUGCCACAAGCCACAGGUUCACCUUCACUUCCACUCCACAGCAGCCUGUGGCAGAAAUCCACACAGGCUGCACCGUGACAUCUGGAAGAGAAAAGGAGGGAAGUGUAGCAACAGGGCAUUAGGCCCUGCACUCGUUAGGGAAUGGAAAAUGAUUGAAAAUGCAUGAAAAUAAUGGAUGUUUGUCAACUGAUGUGCUCCAUGUCAUAGGGGGAGGCAGUGAAGCUACCAGAACUCCUCACAGACCCCCAGCUUACCCCAGGUGUACAAAAAUAACGUGCCAGGUGACAGCCACCAGCCCGCUACAAGACUGUCACAAUGAGUUUUAUUGAAUACGGCGACACGAUAAAGGAUGGUGACACAGCUAUUGUGUUCUUGGGCCACGAAUCCAUGUUCCCUGUGAAAGUCCAACAUGGGACUGUAACUCAGACUAAGUACGGGGUCAUCCGGCAUUCCAUGGAUCUCAUAGGCAAGAAGUAUGGCUCCAAAGUGACCUGCAGUAAAGGAGGAUGGGUUUUUAUUCUUCAUCCAACUCCAGAGCUGUGGACCAUGAAUCUUCCACACAGGACACAGAUUCUGUAUUCCACUGACAUCUCUAUAAUCACCAUGAUGUUAGAACUUAAGCCGGGCUCCAUAGUCUGUGAAUCAGGUACAGGCAGCGGAUCCCUCUCCCACGCUCUCAUCAGGACAGUGGCUCCCACAGGGCACCUGUACACGGUGGAGUUCCACCAACAGAGGGCUGAGAAGGCCAGGGAGGAGUUUCGGGAGCAUGGGGUGGAGCAUCUGGUGACUGUGACCAACCAGGACGUCUGCAAGAAUGGGUUUGGUGUCUCAAACAUUGCAGAUGCUGUGUUCCUAGAUAUUCCGUCUCCAUGGGAAGCCAUAGGACAUGCAAAGGCAGCGUUAAAAGCUGAAGGUGGCCGCAUCUGCUCGUUCUCCCCCUGCAUUGAACAAGUCCAAAGAACCUGCCUAGCAAUGGAGGAAUACGGUUUUACAGAGAUUAACACCUUGGAAAUUCUGCUCCGAGUGUACAACGUAAGGACAAUUAGCUUGCAAAUCCCUGACCUUGGAAAAGCAGCCGAGGAUAAUUCUAGCGCUGGCUUUGACAGCAGCAACCCAUCAAACCAAGGUAGCCCGUGCACUAAUCUGCAGCAAGGAACUGUGCAGUUCAAAAGCGGUGUGCCGCAGAGGGAAAUGGUCGGCCACACUGGGUACCUGACCUUUGCCACUAAGAGCCUCUUUUAGUCCAUGUUGAGUUUGUGCAGUUUGGAGUGCUUUGUGUGUUUGUGUGUGUUUGCUGUUUUCAUGGUUCCUUUUUGUAGGGCGUCCAAAUUUUUACUUGUCAGGGAAUUCCAUAUAUAGUCAGAUUUGGUUGGAAUAUGCUUUGUUUAAAUAGCCCACAAGCAUUAAGCAGAGCAGCAUUAAGGGAAUGCUGGAACUCUGGAACAGUGCUCCACUUGCCAUCAGAAAGAAGAUAAAUUAAUAGGGAAGGGCCAUUCACUGGAAUCUGCAGAAUAAAGAUCCCUCCUGAUAAGAAAGUAAAACAAACAGCAUACUAAUCACAAAUACAUUGGGAUUUUUUUCCUCCUCUUUAUUGAAUUACUUUCCUGGUUUUAUGUUUUUAUUUUUUCUGAGCACCACUAGAUACUUUUUUAAAAAAAAUAACCUUCUCUUUAACACACUUCCACUAACUAGUGUGUGUGUUUUUCUUAGGAAUGUGAAAGUGCCUACUUGCUUCGUUUUAGAUAUGAAAGUUGCAAGGUCAUGCGUUUGCCAGCAUGGUUGAUCACAGAAUCAGUGUUUCCUUGGAGCAGAGUUCAGCUGCACAGAGGGUUAUUGGCAGCACUUGGGAGCACAGCCUCUUACUCCGUUCUGGCAUGUGCAAAUCAUUUCGGUUACACAGAGGUCAAAUAAGCAUGCUAGUUGUUGGAUUUGGAUUAAAAUAGUAGAUUGUGAUCAAUUUGUAGUAGAAAUUUGGACCUGGCUUUGUACUGUAAUCUUCUAAUAGAUCAUCAGCUGUCAUUGUUGACGAGUCCACUGUGAAUAUUCACUGAAUGACUGGUUAAUAUUAUCUGAACACCUCUUUGUAGCAGUGUGGCUGAGGUUCAGUUUGCUUGGUGUUUUAUGUGCAUUAUGGUGUGUUAUAUUCCUGCAGCUGAAUAACAAAAAUGUUGCUUUCGGCAAGAUUUCUGUCUCCAAAUUGCAACAAUAAUGCAAACUUAGUAAAAUCAUCAACCAGCUUCAUUAAGUAAGGUUUUAGACUUUUACUCUUCCAUUUACUCUUCAGUCUUCCAUACAAAGCUGGUGGGUGUGAUGAACUUCUUGAAUGCUGGAUUACAUUUUAUAUUCACAGAGUAAAAUAAUUAUGCAAA